GACCCUGGGGUUCUUUCCGUUCAACGGAUCUACAAGUUCUACAAGAAAUAUGGCCAUCCAACAAUUGUCAUGGCGGCUUCAUUCCGGAACAUUGGGGAAAUUCGAGAACUGGCAGGGUGCGACAACAUCACCAUCUCUCCGGCACUGCUUGAAGAGCUGAAGUCAUCCACGGAGGAUUUGCCAAGGAAGCUGUGGCCAGAAAUGGGAGGCUGUGAGGAUGCGGCCUAUGCCAAUAUGCACGAGAAAAUGUUCCGGGAAAUGCACGGAGCAGACAAGAUGGCCGCGGACAAGCUCCCGGAAGGCAUCGACAAGUUUGCUGAGGAUCAGAGGGCCCUCGAACAGCUCCUGGGCGAGUUGAUGGCGUGA